AUGUCCAAGCAAACGUCUAUCGUCGAAGCUACGAUUGCAGAUCUUGCAUCAGCACUCUCCAAUGGCCAUAUCAACAGUGUAGAACUUACUGCAAAGCAUCUCAUUCGCAUCGCGAGAUAUGAUCGUCGAUCGACGACGCUCAACGCAAUUCCUAUCAUAAAGGAAGAUGCCUUCGAAGUCGCUCAGGCCUCUGACGACCGCCGAGCAUCUGGCCAGUCGCUGAGCCCACUUGAUGGUAUUCCUUGUACUAUCAAGGACUCUUACAAAAUCGAGGGCAUGACCGUCGCAUCCGGAUCUCCAGCGUUCCAGAACCUGAUAGCAAACGAAGACGCCUUUACCGUGAAGCGCAUCAAAGAGUCGGGAGCGGUGAUCCUGGGUAGGACCAACAUGCCACCCAUGGCCGCAGGAGGCAUGCAACGCGGUGUCUACGGCCGGGCUGAAUCUCCCUACAAUGCCGACUACCUCACAGCCGCUUUCGCGUCUGGAUCAUCGAAUGGAUCAGCUACAGCGACUGGUGCAAGCUUCGGAUUAUUUGGCAUGGGUGAGGAGACGAUCUCAUCUGGCCGGUCGCCGGCGUCUAACAACGGCUUGGUGGCGUAUACCCCUUCAAGAGGAAUUAUUUCUAUCCGUGGAAAUUGGCCGUUGUUCCCUACUUGCGAUACGGUUGUGCCGCAUACGCGUAACGUAGACGACAUGUUUGCCCUUCUGGAUGUCAUUGUCGCCAAAGACACGAGCACAGUGGGCGACUUCUGGAGAGGCCAACCUUUCGUCAAGCUUCCAGAGGUCGAUACCGUCCGUCCUAAGGUAUACGGGGCUCUUGCUGACGUGAAAGCGCUUGCUGGCAAAAAGAUUGGUGUACCUAAGAUGUACAUUGGUGGUACUGAUUCUGAUCCAACCGCAAGGAAAGUCCACACGCGCCAGUCGGUCAUCGAUCUUUGGCAGAAUGCUCGGAAGGUCAUCGAGGGCCUCGGUGCGAGUGUAGAGGAAGUCGACUUCCCGGUGGUGACCAAGUUCGAAAACCCAGUUGCAGACCGCGCGGACAGCCCGGUCGAAGAAUCGAUUGCGCCUCCCCACCACAAUGAGGUUGACAUGUGUAAGCUCAUGGCUUACGCUUGGGAUGACUUCCUCGCUACAAAUGGCGAUCGGAAUGUUGCCACUAGUCUCGCGCAAGUUGAGUCAGGAACUAUUUUCCCGCGCCCGCAUGGGUCGGUCAAAGACAAGUACGACGAUAACGACCCACUUGUCCGCCAUACCGAUGUAGUGGCACAUGUUACGAACGGUCGUGUUCCCAUGUAUGAGAUACCCGGCCUUGGCGACGCACUGAAGAACCUUGAAUCCAAGCGAAAAUCGGAUUACGAAGACUGGCUUGCCGAUCUUGGACUCGAUGCCGUUGUAUGGCCCUGCAAUGGAGAUGUAGGCAAAGCCGAUGCGGACGUCAACGAGCAGUCUGCCGCAGAGGCUUGGCGAAACGGAGUCUUGUACUCGAAUGGUAACUGUGCAAUCCGCCAAUUGGGUAUUCCAACAGUCAGUGUACCAAUGGGUGUCAUGGCAGAUAUCGGAAUGCCUGUCAAUCUUACAUUCGCUUCUAAAGCGUACGAUGACAACAACCUUUUCCGGUACGCAUACGCCUUCGAGAAGGCCAGCAGUUUACGGCAAGCGCCUAAGCGGACACCUGCUCUACCCACAGAUUCCUUCGAGGUUACGGAGGACACGAAAAAGAUCGGCUCCGAACUACCGCAAGUUACGGCAACUGCAUCUCUUGUGGAAGACAAGGACGGCAGACGCGUCAAUAUUUCGGGUACGUACGAAGGACAGGAGCUGGCUUCGUUGAGUGCCUAUGUGGAUGGUGAUGAAGUUGAGAACGUGAAACUUGAGGGCGGCCAAUGGACGGCUAGUCUUCUUACGAAGAGUGCAUGGACUGGACGAGCGGAGGAGAAAGGUGUACCGGAUCCGGACAAAGCGAUGGUCAUUGUUGUUGCUAAGGGUACUAACGGCAGGUCAGCGGGAAAGCUGCUCUUUGCAUGA